CUUGACAAUUUGAGCACUUAGGCGAUUGUAAUAGAUUUGCUAUGCAGAAUGUGAAAUUGCAACCCUGUAUUUCGGUCGCCGCAUACAAAGCUGAAAAUUUUCUUUCUUGCAGGCGUUUCUUGAAAUCGAUCAAUAAAAAGCUAAGUUUUCAGAAAAAUUCUGUGCAAACAGCCAAAUUAACUGAAACAGCAUAGAAUAUAGGUUUAUUCUGACUUACUUAAUAUUCUUAUGUUAUUAGAUUUUGCAUAAAGUUAGCAAAAAGGUUUCAGAUUAACUUUUGCCGGAACGCUGUAUAAGCAGGAUUUUAAAGACAAGUGAGUAACAUUUUGUGUGAAUUUGUGAAAAAAUGAAUAUCACUGCGGGUGAACCAGUACCACCUGGUUUCGAAGACGAAGUCAAUCGGGAACCAGAAAUUCAAAAAGCGAUUGACCAAUAUAAAGGCAAUGCUCUUGUCGGACUUGAAUAUACACUGGAGCUACACGAAGAAGAUCGUCAUGAGCCAGGCUACUUUUGCAUUCUUUGUGACAAGCGUGGUGAUCCACGUACAAUUAUGCAACAUUGGACAUCUUACAACCACCGAUUGAAAUAUCUAGAGAAGCAUUUUCCAACGGCGGUACACGAAUUCAAUCCCAUCAAGUACAAGCCGAAUUCGCAGCAGAUUCUCUUGGCCGUGGUUCAGAAAUUAGCAAAGGCUAUUGAAGACCAUCAUGGCCGUUUGCAUUUGACAGUAGCAAACAUUGAUGACUUUCGUCGUAUGAAGGCCAAAUUCGUUGGGGAAAUCAAUAAUAAAUACCAUUUUGAUGAAAGGAAUGGACCUAAUUUCCUUGAGACUAUUGAUCGCUCUCUUUGGGAACCGAACCCGGCCCCGAACCCUAUAAAAAAUAUGGACCAGACAUUGCAGAUAACUAUUAAAGCACCUAAGCGUAUAACAAAUGAGGAAACACCAACAAAAUCCACUAACCGGGAUGAUUUGGAUGAAAUUUCCAGUGACUCGGAUGGGCAAUCAAGUUCUAAAAAAACAAAGAAAAGGGAGCAAUCGCCAGCAUAUCGAGUAUUGCCAAGAGUUCGACGUUCGCCACCUUUCGAAGAGGAACGAAGUGAUGAACGUAAGGAUGCUGAUAAGAAAUUGCCGACACCACGGGAAUUAUCCCUGCAAGCCUCUCACAUUGCACAAGAGAAAUAUAAAUGGGAAAAAUACAGAUGUAUGCUUGAAAUACAGCUAAGGCAAAUGGAAAAAAUUCAACAGGACUAUGAUAAAAAUCCGGAAAAACAUCCAUUGUAUCCCGAAGAAUGGAAAAAGUUCUGGAAUCGGCGGUAUAAGGAGUUGCAAGCUGAAAAGAAGACCGAUCCUAAUAAAUAUGAUUACAAACCGGAAUGGAUCGCAUUCUGGACAAAGCGUAUGAAGGAUUUAUUUAACGUUGAGGUUGAAAAGAAGAAAAAAGAAAUAAAAGUGAAACUUGGUCUGCCUGAAGAUGCCGAAGAAAAAGUAGAUCAACUGAAAGAAAAGUAUAAGGUGCAAAUAGGACGUAAUGCAACCGCUAUUACAUCUGGUGGUCAUAUUUUAGGACCCAAAGUUUCGGACAGAAACGUUGAACCUGCUCCCAAGCGUUCUAAAAACCUAGGUGAUGUUAUAAACAUCAGUGAUGACGAAUCUCCGGUGCGACGUCGACCUCGUCGUACCCGUACGCGAUCUCGUUCUCGUUCUGCUUCGCACCCGCGAUCUCGCCCGCGUCGUUCCCGUUCUAGAUCGCGUGGUCGUGACUAUAAACGAUCGCGUGACCGAUCCACUUCAUUGUCUAAAAGUCCGGUCUCUGAUGAUUAUAACCCCUAUCCCGUGCAACCUCAUCCCCAUCGUCAUCGUCAUCACCCAAGAAGUUACGUCCCACCUGUUGAAAGUGAUUAUUUUAGCUCAUCAUAUCCACCUCGCAGUAGAUUUGCUCCCGCUCCAACUUCAUCGCAUUAUGGUGCGACUACUCAUUACAGAGUACUAGAACCUCAUCAAUAUCCAAAAUAUGAACGUUCUCCAUCACCAAACUCGAAAUCGGCACCAGCAAAGGAAGAACCGGAACCGGAGGAUGAGGGCCCGCUUACUGUGGUAGCAGUGCUGCGCUUACUCACAGCUCUUGAGGAUCAUCUGGGCAGCCUCGGUCCGAAGGUAGUCGACUUACUUGGAAAAGCUUUGGCACUGGAGAAAGUAAAGGCCAAUUCGGCAGAUGAUUUGUUGUUGAACGAUGACCAUGUUGUGUUCUUUGAAACUAUUAAAGAGAAAUUAAAAGGCAUCUUAAUUGCUGAUGUUCUCGAUGAUCAACAAAAAGUGCGAGCCGUUAAAAAAGCUAUCAGAAAUAUUGCCGCUGCCGUUCAUCAGGUUACCACAAAAGGUAAGUACCAACAUUUUAAAACAGUAAGUAUUAAAUCACUAUAUGCCAGUGAAAUUCAGCUGGAACAGAAGGUCAGUGUUAAGGACUUACCGUUUGACCGUCAAGUUGUGUCGACGAAAUUGGCUGCCGCAUUAGUAUUUCAAGGCCGUGAAGAUGUGUCCACAGAAGAUAUGGAUAAGUUGAUUUAUCUAUUUAUUUUGUUGGUAAAAUUAUCUAAAGAAAAACAAGAUGUUGACGGUAAAGGCUUGCAGCUCGGAGCUGUAUUAUCAACGUUAGGCAUAUAUGUACCAGAUUCAGCCACUUCUACUGCGUUGGCCGCUUUGCCAGCUCUUGUAGAAGAG